CGUAGAAGUUUCUUGAUCCCAACAAACAUUCACAUAACAACGAGAAAGAAAAGCCUUUCCCAAGGCAAGAAAUGUCUUCAUCCUCCGAAUUUGAAGACUAUUUCGACACAGUUAUCGGUCACAUUGAAGAUUUUGUGAUAAGCGACGAGUUUAAGAAAUUGGUGCAGAACUUUAUGCAGACCUACUACCAGGAAUUCGAUGAAUGCGAAGAGAAUAAAAUCGAAUACACGGAGAUUUUCAAUCAGUACACAACAGCCAUCGAGGGCUACAUUGUCGAGAACCUGGAGAAGAGAAUGAACAACUUCGACAUGGAGAGAUUCAGCGAAGAAUUGUGUCGAAGGAAAACGCAAUUGGACGGAGAAAUCUUUGAGCUACUCUUCUCCCUGACUGACUUCCUGGCCUUCAAGGAGCUCAUUCUGGACUACAAACUCUACAAGGAGCGUCACCUAAGUGACCUAGAUUCUGGCAUUCAAAUCAAUCGUAUCUCGACUUCAAUUCUUUAA